UACGAAGUAAAUAAAUAUCUUAGUAUCACUAUCAUCAACAUAUAGAUUUAAUAGAUUGUUCUCGUGCCGUACCGUAAAAUAGAUCUAGAGAAUUUGAUCUAGUAGUAGAUUUAGAUAUAUACUUUUAAAUGUAGUCAUGUUUUCUUUGAAGGUUUGUUAAAUCAUGCUUAAAACAUUUAAUUUAACACUCUUAAGAGUCGCACCUAUUUGUGCACUAGUCGCUAUCAUUACACAAAAAUAAUGAGUGAUUCCAAGAAGAAAAGAGGCUCAGCCUGGAGUACGAAGUCACGUCAGGACCGUGAGAAGGGUUUUGGUUAUGGCAACGAAAGUAACAACUGGAAAUCACAGAGAACAUCUCAGUACCAACGACCGAAAUCAGCUUACUAUGGGCAGGUAAAUGUUAAACAAAAUCAACAAAACCACAAAGGGAGCUAUGAUAAUGUACGCAACAUAGUACAAGAAGAAGGUCGAACUGCAAGGAAUCUUGUACAGUACAAUGUACCAGUUAGUGAAAAUCCCCAGUUGGAGCAGCUAAAUGUAGCAGUGAAUACAAGCUCAUCAUACCAGCAGAAAAGAACUAGUUCCUCUUCUCGCACACAGCCUCGCCGCACUCCGCCACCUGGCAGCAGGUUUAGGCACAGAUCUUUGUCUGACAUGACCAAGUCUCCAAGGUCUGAGACUGGCUCUAAGAAGAAUGAUCUCAGAGCCAGAUACUGGAAAUAUAUGUUUGAUAACUUCCAAAGAGCAGUUGAUUCUAUUUACCAGACUUGUGAACAAGAUGAGAGCAUUGUUGAAUGUAAGGAGGUAAUCAUGAUGCUAGAAAGAAGCACUAAAGAUUUCAAAGCACUUAUUGAAACUCUGCUUAUGAUGAAAGCAUAUGAAGAUUCUGCUAAAGAGGGAGAUCGACCUUCUGCAGUUGCUUGGGAAGUUAGGAAAAUGUCACCCAAUAAACAUGCCCCAUCAUCACCAGCACCACCUGUGCCUCCAGCACCCAUUCUGCACAGUGAAAAGUCUGGCAACAGUUGGGCUGAUAAAGUGAAAGGAGUUAGAGCAAUAACAUUCUCUAAUGUAAGUGUGUGUGAAGUUGAUACUGUGAAUAAUAUGUCAUCACUGGCUGCUAAACAAGCUGAGACUGUAUUGAUUGAAUCAUCUGAGAUUGCUAUGGCUGAAUCAUCUGAGACUACACUUAUAGAGCAAUCUGACACAAAACUUAAGGAAACAAGUCCAACUGAAGAAUCUUCCGAUGAAGGUGGAUGGGAAACAGUCCAGAGAGGAAGGCUGCGGGCCAGGCAAUCCCCUUUACAAAAAUCUACUGAAAGUUUGGCUCAGAAUGUAAAAAGUGCCCGGCGUAACCUGAUGCGUUCCAUGAGUGUACCAGACCAAGGCAACAACAUUGUCAACCAAGAGACCAGUAAAGCUCAAGCUAAGACUUUACGAGCCAUUUCCGAAAGGCACCUUCCUGCUACAGAACCCCAACAGCGUGAGAGGGCAUGUAGCAAAGAUAGUGAAAAAGAAAAUAUUCCAGAAUGUCUUGGAGAAAGUGUUAAUAGCAUAUCAUCCAGUGCUAAUUCUCCAUCUGAUUCCUCAUCCACUGCUACUAACAGUAGUUCUACAGCUCCUGCAAAGUCAUUAGAUAUUUCUCAAGUUAUUUCAGUGGAUAAAGUUCUUAAGGAAUCCUUAGAAUUGGAUUUAGACACUGAUAUAGAUCUGGUUUUGGAUGAGGAACUACAACUUAGCCGUGAGUUGGAAAAAGCUCAAGAAUCUGCUUUAGCUUAUGCUGUUCAAGAGGAAGAAAACUGGUUGAAGGAGUUAGCUAGAGAACAGAGCUCUCAGGUUGAUGUUGACUUGGAGGAGGCCAUUGAUCUAGGAAAUACCAACAGCUCUUUAGAAUCUACCAACUCAACUAUCACAGACUGGGAUUCUUUAGUGGCUGUUCAUGAAGCUGAAAUGAAACAAGGCAGUAUGCUCUCUUGGGGUGAUUUGGUGGAAGCUGAGGAGGCCAGAAUGCCAGGUCAUGGUGUUCACAUGCAUGAGAAGUUAUCAUCUCCAUCUAGGAAAAGGUCACCCACUGAGUCUAGACGCAGACAUGAAGAGAAGCAAGCAAAAGCACAAGAGCUCAGAGGAAAGCUUAUGCAAGAGAAGGCUGAACGUUUACGUGAUUUAUCUAAAAAGGUGGAGGAGGUGAGAGCUUACAAGGAGGAGCUGAUGAGGCAGAGUAAGACAUUAUUAGAGCACAAGCUUCAAAGAGCUGAAGAAAAAAGGCAAUUGCAGUUGAAGCUAAAGGCACGCAAGGCACAUGAAGAAGAGGCUAAGGCCAAUGAGAUUGCUUUUAUCAACACUCUUGAGGCACAGAACAAGCGACAUUACAUCAUGUCGAAGCACCAAGAAUCUGAGGCUCGGCUCCAUGACUUGAUGGAAGAGCGAAUGAGAAAGUUAGAAGAAAAACAAGCCAAAGAAGCUGCUGUGGAGGAGAGGCGCAAAGCUUUAGAGGCAGAUAGAAAAGCUCGUCUCCAAGAAAUGCAAGAAAAGCGUAAGCUUCGUGAUGCAAGAAUAGAACAGCAGCAAUUAGAAAAGGAAAAAGAGAGGCUUGAAGCUGCUAGAGCUAGAGGAAAAGAGAGAGAAGAAAGGAUAGCUGCAUUGAAUGCUAUGCAAGAAGCUCAUAAACAAGUGUUACAGAAGAAAAUUCAGCAAAAGCAAGAUGAGACAACCCAGCGUCAUGAAGAACACUUGCAACAGAUUCGUGGCCGUGCCUUUGAAAUGAGCAUUAUGAAACACUCAACUGAAGAUCACAAUGAUGCUCCCCAACUCACUCCUUAUGACAAAAAUAAACUCUGCUCCAUUUGUAAUGUCUUGAUCCCUUCAGAAGUUUAUCUACUAAGUCAUCUUCAUGGGAAAAAACACCAACAAGCCUUGAAAGACAACAAUUCUGGAAAAGAGAUGACCAAACAAGAAAUAGAAACCUUCAACCUGAAACACAUAGUGGAUGCUCCAGAUAAUAGCAACCAUCCCAAGAUAGUCACUGAAAAAGAAAGACAAAAAUCUUUGAAGAAGCGUUGUAAGAAACUAAGACAAAGAAUGAUCACCAGGGGCUUAGAAUAUGAAAGUUUUUUAGCAAACAAGUUACAGUCUGCAGAGUCUGAGCAUAAAGCAAAACUUCAUAAAAUUAUCAAGGAUAUGAACAAAUACAUCCAGUCCCAGGACACUGGUCCCUGGCCACAUAAUAAAGUUGCAGCUCUGGACAGAGCUUUGGGGGAAACUGGUAGAAUAAUGGAGAAAAAGGGAAUAAAUGAUCAGACAAGUUUUAGAGUGCUUGGUGGAUUCAAUUCUUUGAGUAGAAUUCUGAUGACAAUAGAUGCAACACAUUUGAAUGUUCCGUGUGUAAUACCGUCCAAAUCUUUGGCUCAUGCUACAGAUGUGUAUAGACUUGCCUGCAAGAACAAUUUUGACAACUGUCACUAUUUGUUGUUUAGCAACAAACUUGGACUUUUAGUGGACCAUCUAAUGAACAGACUUAAUGCCUUACUGCCUGAAGACUUUGGGCGUCCCAGCAGUGCUGUGAGUGGCAGUGUGUCCAGCCAUACCUCUGACAGCAGUGGUGGAGACAGUUUGCCUUUUGACCCUGUAUGCUCCGGUCUUAUGCAGAUUUUGAGUACUGUUCUGUCCUGCCUUGCCAAGAACAAUCCAUCCAGUAACUGCAGCGAGGCUAGUUCUGAGCGUAUGAGUGGAACAGGAGAUGCUUUUGCUAACAGAGGAAAUGACCUCAUAAGUUACAUUAUUAGUGUGGGUGUAAUGGACAAACUCAGAAACUACUGCAGCGCUGUCCGUGGCCCAGUUGAUGGGGAUAAGAAUUCUGCUGACUUUCUGCUGCACAGUUUGGGGCUGUUGGUAGCCAUGACCAAGUUUAUGUCCAAAAGAAAUGCUAAUGUCUUUGAAAAAAAAAGACCGGAAGAUCCAACCCAGCUCAUCUCUACAUUUGAAGUGACAGAACUUGUCGGCAUAGUGUCCUUACUUUAUGGAAUGUUACUUCAUUCUGGGGCACCCAGCCGUAGCUUGGACAACCUUCCACGGGAGUUGGCACCCCAGACGGUCAGCAUAAUUCUGGCCGGGCUCAGGAUGCUGAACCACUUAGCUGUUCUUGAUCUCCAAAUGUUACAGAGCACUCUUGGAGAAGAAGGUUUAUCACUGGAGUUCCGUCACAUUGUCAGUUACCUGAUAUGGUAUUGCUCUCAUGUGACAUCAGAGGAACUUUUGCACGAAGUGGUCCUGUGUGUUGGUUAUUUCACUGUCCUUCAUCCUGAUAACCAGGUGAUCAUCCAGUCUGGGCAGCCCCCAACUGUCCUACAGCAAUUAUGCUCUUUGCCCUUCCAGUAUUUCAGCGACCCACGCCUGGUGGCUGUACUUUUACCAAGCUUGAUCUGUUGCUGCUACAACAACAAUAGCAAUAGAGACAUCCUCGAACAAGAACUAAGCUGUGCGUUACUGGCCAACUUUGUAGAGGAAAGGCAACUCGAAUUUCACCAGCUGAAAUUGAUGCCAUCUUCAGUCAAGAAAAGUAAAAACCAAGAUAAUAAAGAAAUACGAGAAACAGAAAAUAGAAUGACCUUUGCCAUGAGGUUUCCAAUAGAGCUUUGGGAUAGUGCACAGGCUUAUUUCAUUGUUGUGUGACAGAGCUAAACUACACACAGAACUAAACAAUGAACUCUUUCUGUUAGUUACAGACAUAUGACCAUUUUAUUAUUGGAAACAUGAUAGUCAAAAUAAUUGUCCUUGGUCAGCUGGGAUGGAUUAAAACAAAAUGAGAUGAGAAAAAUAAUUGUGUAUUAGCUAAUGAAACAAAACAAUUGAUUUUAUUUAUUUCAACUUAUGGAAGCUUAUUGUUCAACUAUUAAUCAUUAUGUGAAUGAAAUCUACUCUACAACCAACUUGGCAGAUUUAAGUCUAGGAACUAGGAAACUUCUUUGAAUUAGUUACAACACAUGUAGGUUCUUUCUAACCUUAUUCAUUAGUUCUCAUCCUAUUCAUCUCUCUAUGUCACCAUCAGCAGUAUACCAUGCUGCCAGAUUUGAGUAUUUUUAUAUUCAUAUGGAAAAUUAAGAUGUAAAAUGAGUGCCAUCCAGAAAACUCAGGAAAAAAUACAUUUAAAAAAAAAAAUUUUUUUUUUUUAAGUCUUCACUCAUUGACGUAAAUGUGGACAUUUGUUUAAGCUGUGUAUGGUCAGGUUGUGUAUCUAGUUUCAUUUGUGAUAACUUUUAUUCAUCUGAGAAGUGUGGAGAGCAAAUGGGGCUGAUAGUGGGUUUAGCUAGUGAAGGAAACUGAUAUAUCCUUUUGUAAAAUUUAGCUCCUUUCUUUGUUUCUGUUUAUUAGCUUAACCUAAAGCCCUCAUUUUUUUUGUUUUAGCUUUUCAUUGUCUUUGAAAUUUUUGUUUAUUUGGUCAGUAUUUGAUUUGCUUGUAUGAACUAUUUAUACAGAUGAAAGUUUGAUGCAGGAGCAUUACAUUAUUUAUACAUGUUGAUUGUCUGUGAUGUCAGCAUUAACAAGGAUUGGUUUUAGAAUUGUCAACAUUUAAAAUGCAUGUCUCUGAGUUGAAAGUUGAGAAUGUUCAAUGGGUCAUAUAUUAUAUUGUUUUUUUCAAACUAAAAUCCUUUUUGUGAGAUGUUUCACUUUUUGGGUUUUGUCACCAAGGAUUAAAAAAAACAAAAACAUUUUCUAUUGUCAAAGAGUUUCAUGUUCUACUUGACAGGAGCUGGAAUGUUGCUAGACUAGACCAUAAUCAAUGUUAGGGUGCACAGUUUGGUAUUUAAUUACUAAAUGACCCAACCAUUCUAUUUAAAAUUGGCUUUAGUAAAUUGCUUUACAAGAGCUUACAGUUACAGUAACAAAACAACUGUUCUGUUUGUAUUCCCAUCCUAGUAAGAAAUGAAGUAUAUAUAAUAACGCUGGUUUCUCUGAUGUGUGGAAUACUGAAAUGAGAAAUAUAUGUACAUAUAUAUAAAUGUGUACAUCUACUUGUACAGUCUGGAGCUCAUAUUUUAAUCAAAUCUAUUUUUGUUGUUUUAUCAGUGUGUUUAUUUGAUACAUUCUACUGCCUCUGAUUGUGAAGGAAUCAUUUUGAUAUUCAUUUAAUAAAAAAAAAAUAAUGAA